AUGAACUAUAUAAAAGAUUUACCACCAAGAUGGCAUAUAAUUGGUAAAGAUGGAUUAUGUUGUGAAGGUUCAUGCAAUAAAAACAAUAUUAAUGGUAAUGGAAGUAAUAUAGCUAAAACAGCAACUUUUAAUACAAGUGGUUUAUAUUGUAACGAUGAUGAUGACGAUAUGAAAGGCCCAGUGGAUACAACAAAUUGGAUAGUUAAAGGUCAAAUUAUGACAGGUGAAUAUCCUGGUAACACUGAAGAUGCUAUUCAUUUCAAAACAUUAUCAACUUUAUUGGAUAGUGGUAUAAGAGUCUUUGUUUGUUUACAAGAAGAACAAGAAUUAAAAAAUUUUAGACCAUAUAGAGAGGACAUUUUAAAAUUGGCAAAAGAAAAAGGUAUUGGUGAAGAUUAUAUUACCUUUAUUCACUUUCCAAUUGAAGAUGGAGGCAUCGCAGAGAACAGUGAAGAAUUGGCAGAUCUAAUCGAAAGACUACUAGAAUUGCUCUCAAAAGAUAAAUCCAAUAAAAUAUAUUUACAUUGUUGGGCUGGUCGUGGAAGAACAGGUAUUGUUUCCGCCUGUUUAUUGGGUCGUUUAUAUCAAGUAUCCGGUCUUGAGGCCCUUAGACGUAUCCAAGAUUGUUACCAACAAAGAAUUAUUGGAUGUGGUGAAUCUCCUGAAUACCACCCACAAAGAAUGCAAGUAAUUAAAUAUUUAAGACAAAAAAAUGAACAAUUACAAAAGUCUCAAGAAUUACAAAAGUCACAAGAAUUACAAAGAUCUCAAGAAUUGCAAAGAUCACAAGAAUUACAAUGA